GGCGCCUGCGCGAUACGGGAAAGCGAGGGGAUAGGGGUCGGCGGUCGAUGUUAAAUCCAUGAAGCUGCAGCCCUUUCUCGGGUGAGUGAAGACUCGGUGCAAACUGAAUUCCCUCCAUUCUGGAAUAGUCUCAGCAGUUUGGAAGUUAACACCUUUAACAUUCGCUAUUCAAGAAAGGAGGGAAAGAGAAAACCGAAAACUGUAGGCCUUUCAUCAGUAACUGGAAAACUCCUGGAGAUUCUGACAGUACCAAUGGAGAACACACAAGAAUCAGAUUCUGCUCUUCAGUCAACUGAGAUCUGCCAAAAGGGGGCCACAUUGAACAUUUCUAAAGGGCCAGAAUGUCAUCAGCGUUCCCGAGAUAGACUGAAACUCUUUAUCUGCUCUGAAUGUGGUAAGAGCUUUAACAAAUACUCACACCUCAAAUUGCACCUCUUGGUCCAUACAGGAGAGAAACCUUUCAAAUGCCGUGUCUGUGAUAAGGAAUUCAAUCAUCCAUCCAGCCUUCGCAAGCAUGAGAUCACACACACGGGAGAGAAGCCAUUCAAAUGCUCUGACUGUGGAAAGAGUUUCAAUGACUCAUCAAAUCUGUCCCGGCACAAACGCAUUCACAGUGGUGAGAAACCAUUUAAGUGUAACAUGUGUGACAAAGGAUUUACUUACUCUCACCAUCUUGUGUCGCACCAACGCACACACACAGGAGAGAAGCCAUUUCAAUGCACAACAUGCGGGAAAGAGUUCAGUCAAUCAUCCACACUGGUGAUGCACAAACGAACUCAUGCUGACAAGAGACCAUAUAAGUGUGGAACAUGCGGGAAGGGGUUCCAGUUGUCACGCCACUUGGUAGCUCACCGUCGCACACAUGCAGGAGAGAAAACAUUCCAGCAUGGGAAGGAGUUCAGGCAGGAUACUGGUUUAAUGAAGCAUCAGCGGAUUGAUACAAAAGAGCUGCCAUAUAAAUGUACCUUCUGCAACAAAACGUUCCGUCAGUCUCACAACCUAAUGAUCCACAAGCGUAUACAUAUGGUCAAGAAGCCAUAUCAGGUAUCCACACGCAGGCAGGAGUUCAACCAGCAAUCGUCCCACGUGAAGCAUGAUCAUACGCACACAGAAGAGAAGCCAUAUUUAUGCUCUGCUUGUGAAAAGAGGUUCAAGGGCUCCAGUAUUCUGGUGACACAUCACACCAAUACAAGUGACAGCCCUUAUCACUGUGUUGGAUGUGGAAAGGUUUUCAAGAACUCAUCCAAUCUUAUCCAGCAACAGGUUGCAUUCAAAGAAGAGGACCGCACAAACAUACCGGGUGUGAGAAGGGCUUCAAGUGUACACACAAAUCAUGUGCAUGAUGUAUUGAGCCAUCAGAAUGUCCAUGCAGGAGAGACUCCAUUCAAAUAUACAAGAUGCAGGAAAAGUUGUAAAACUCCUCCAUCUGUUACAUCACCAGUGUAGCCAUAGUACCUGAGAUCUUGUCCUGUUCCCUUUUUCCCCUACUCGUUACACACAACAUAAAAAAUUUUGGAUAAAAACUUUAGUCCUUUAAUCACCUCAAUCUCCUAUCCAUUCUUUAACCUUAAGGGAAUGGGUGUUGCGGUGUGCCACUUGAAGGAGGUGCUGAUGCACUACAGUUUGUUGGUUAAGAUAGUUUUGAAUAUAUUUAUUAGGUGUCCGUAUCCUUAUCCACACCUUUUUGGAACUUGCUUUCAAAGAGACAUUUCAGAGCAAAACCUGUGGGACCAAUUUAAGAAUUUUAUCAAGUGUAGAAUCAGACCAUUGCAUCAGAGUUUCAGUUAAAAAUCCUGAGAUUUUCUGAUGUCUUCCAAGGCAUUGUCCAAAUCAAAAACACUGUAAUAGGCCCCAGUUUGUUGCUCCAUAGUAUAGAGUUUAAUGCACUUGGAGUUCAGGAGGUGAGAGCUGCCAGAAAUCCAGAAAAAUUGAUAACUUAGUAUACAGAUUUUUUUCAUUGCAAAGACAUUCAGGGGUAGGUAGACAUUUUGCUGUAAGAGCUUCAGCAGCGACCUGGCAUCACCACGUCCUGCCACACUUUCUGUCCAGGUGGGAUUGUGCUUCUGGACCGUCUCAUGCAGGCUCAAGGAAUUCAGUGUCUUUGUUUUGAACAUUUGGUUUUCAUACAACAGCUUUUAUCUGUUUAUACUGGCAAACCAGCUAGAGAUAUGGAUCCCCAAUCUCCUUCCCAAGUCUGUCAAUGUCAUAUUCUUCAAAUUGUUUUUUUUUUUCAGUUUUCAGGAGUACUGUUGAGAAAUGCAGGAAGGGACAUAGGAAAAUGAUGGAAAUGUUAGUUAGUCUUGGCAGAAUCUUUAUAAAGAAAUGUCAGCAGAUUGACCUCACAUCCUGGUACCAAUAUGCAAUAGGAAAAAUUGCACUUAAGGCAGCAUAGAAUGCUUCCUGUGUGAUAAGCUGACCUCAACACCAGAUCAAGAGCCGCUAAUGACUAAAAAAUGCUUUACAAAACUCAAAAAUGUUCUCCCUUGGAAUAAAGCAAGUUUAGAAAGCCAUUUUCUGUGCUGUUCAGUAUAUCUCUCACAAUUCUUAAAUCAUUCUUUCAUGAGUUGAGGACGUUGCUGGAAAAGCAAGCAUUUUUUUACCCAUCCCUAAUUACCAUUGAACUUGCUAGACCAUUUUGGAGGGCAUUUGACAGUCAACCAUAUUCCUGGUCUGAAAUCAUAGGUCGAGCAGACCUAGUAAGGAUCCCUAAAAGGACUUUAGUGAACCAUUCAACAAUGAAUAGUUUCAUGGUCACUGUUAUCGAGACAAGUUUUCAAUUUCAGAUUUUAUAAAUUUAAAUUCCACCAGCUGCCAUGGUGGGCUGUGAACCCUUGCUUGCAGAGUGAUAGCCAAGACCUCUGGAUUGCUAAGCCAGUGGCAUCACCACUUCUUUCCCACACCGUCACAUUUUGCCAGGUUUCUAAUAAAAUUGAGGACAGUUUAAUUGUCUCCCUUCCUAUUUUACCCAAGUAGUCAAAGCUGAAAAAACAUUCAGUAAUGAAUAUUUGAAAGGUGGUGUUUCUUCUAUGAUACAUUGAAUUUGCCCCAGGUCUAAGAGAUUAACUCUUUACCAAAACUCAAACUCUGUUUUGUCCCCACAGAUGCUGCUAGAUCUGCUGAGUUUUACCAGCAAUUUCUGAUUAGCUUCUUCGUGAUGGCUGGAGUUUUAUGCAUGUGUGGAACUGAAGAAGGGCUGUUAUUCCAGUGUCUUUGGCAUUUCCAUUGGCAUCGCCUUGUUUACAAGCUCAGAAUAGAUGUCAAAAUAGAAAAUACUGGAAAUACUCAGCAGGUCUAGCAGCAUUGUGUAGAGAGAAACAGUUAACAUUUCAAGUCAAUGAUUGUUCUUUAGGGCUGGGAAAAGUUAGAAAUGUAACAAUUUUUAAGCAUGUAAAACAGGACAGAAUGGGGAAAAAGGGAAAGUCUGUGAUAACGUGCAAGAUGAAGGAGAUUGAAUUAUCAAAGAGUUGGCAUUGCAAAACCAAAGGAUCAGGCAAAGAAGCAAAAUCUGUCUAGUGAAAAUGUGAAUCACGAGAGAGAAACAAAACUGUAAAAGGAAACAAAAUAUGGGCCAGGUUUAGCCUAUUCCCAAUAUUUUGUUUUUAUUUCAGGUUUUCUGUAUCAAUUUUUCUUCGUUUCAAAUUAGAAAUUGCUGCUUUGCAGUACUGAACAUAGAAUUAGUACAAAAGGGGGGCAUUCAACCUAUAAUGCCUCUGCUGAUACUCUGGAAGAACAAUCCUGCUUAAUCUCAAAUUCCUGCUUUUUGUAUGUAAUUUUGUGAGUUCCUCAGCCUCAAAUGCAUGUCAACUCCUUUUUAAAAUUAUUAAUACUGUCAGCUUCCACCCUCUUUCAGGUAGAAUUACAGAUCCUGAUAAUUCUUGAGUGGGGGAAGAAAGUUGUUGCAAGGAGUAUAGUCUUAACUCUUCCAAUCUCUGAAUAUAACCAAAAUCCUUUAUCCUUUGUAAUGUCCUUGUAAAUGUCCUCUGCACCCUUUCUAAAUUGUCUAGUAAUUCUUCACAGUGCUGUAAUACUACAGCACACAGUGUGAUACUAUGCCAGUCGUUUAUAAAGUAUGAGCAUGAUUUCUUUGCAUUUAUUUUCCAUAUCUUCAUAAAUUAACCCAUAUACUUUUUUAACCAUAUGAAACUGUUCACCUUAAAUGUUUUUGUUACUUGAUCAAAGAAUUCAACCAUAACUAAAGGAAUUCAACUUAAUUUAACGUUAGGAAAUCUGUGCUGACCCUCUUUGACUCAUUAAAAAUUUGUUUUAUCCAUGCUAAUAGUUUCCAGUAACUUCCCCAUUACAGAUGUUAGUGAUUGGAUUCUAGUUUCCUGGUUUAUCCCUCUUUCCCCCGUUUUCAUAGUUGUGUAAUAUUAGUAACCUUCUACUCGGCUGACACUACUUGUGUAUCCAAUGGCAAUUGAAAGAUUGUGACCAAUGUUUCUGCCACUCCUACCUUUGUUUCUUUCAGCAACCUAGCAUGCAUUCCAAUUGCGCAACUUUGUACUUUUAAUACAUCCUCUCUAUUACUAUCCAAAACAUCCAUUCUAGUGCAAGCAAUAGAAAAAGUAGGUAGGUCACUUAUAUCUUCAAAGCUGCAAAUCUAAGGGGGUACUCGUAGACAUUAAAGGGGUCCCGGACUGCAAAUAUACCAACUGGUAAAAAUUACACCAUAGAUUAGGAAGGCCAUAACAGGAUUAAGCCAAGUGCCAGGCUUUAUUCAGAGAUGGAUAAAAUGGAAAAAUAGGGAAGAUCUGCUAAACGUGCAUCCAGCCCUGGUUGGAUCACACUUAAGAAUGCUGUGUGCAGUUCCGGUCACCAUUUUAGAAAAGAGGUGUAACACAUUGGAGAAGGUGUAGAGAAGGUUUUAAAGGCUGAUUCUAGAAAUACAUAGUUAUAUAUAUGAAAAUAAUGUCAGGCUGGUCUCUUUCUGUUUUAAAAAGGUGCAAGAGUGGUCUAAUGAAGAUGUUAUGAAUGAUGAAAGGUUUUGAUAAUAGUGGCUCAGUGGUUAGUACUGCUGCCUCAGAACACCGGGGUUCAAUUCCACCCUCGGCUGACUGUCUACGUGGAGUUUGCACAUUCUCCCCAUGUCUAUGGGGGUUUCCUCUGGGUGCUGUGGUUUCCUCCCACAGUCCAAAGAUAUGGAGGUGCCGAUUAGGUCACCUGACAAAGGACCAGCACUCAAAGCUUGUGAUUUCAAAUAAACCUGUUGGACUAUAAUGUGGUGUCAUGUGAUUUCUGACACAGUCCAAAGAAGUGCAGGUGAGGUGGAUUGGGCAUGCUAAAUUGCUCAUAGGGAUGUGCAGACUAGAUGGAUUAACCAUGGGAAAUGCACAGCUGCAGGGAUAGGGUAGAGAGGUGGAUCUGGGUGGACUGCUCUUCAGGGGACAUUGUGGACUUGAUAGGCCGAAUAGCUUGCUUCCACACUAGGGAUUCUAUGAGAAUUCGUACAAGAUAAUCUCAAAAAAUUAACAGGAAUUUCAGAAGAAACAUUUUACCGUAAGUGGGUUAACACUACUGGUUAAAGGAAAUAGAAAAAAUGCAUUUAUUGAGAAGCUUGGUAAGCAUAUGAUGAAAAAGGAAAUUGCAAUAAUUGUGAGGUGGAGAAAGAUGAGACUCCAGUGGGAUAAAUGUCAGCAUAGACGUGUUCGACCGAAUGGCCUGUUUCAAUGCCAUAUAUCCAAUGUAAUAUGUAAUUUCUUCAUCCACUUGUGGAUUUUGAUUUGGAUCUUUUUUCCAGCUUUAUCUUCAGCUAAAUGCCUUUCCAAUUUGAGUGCACUAAACUUCAGCAAUAUUGCACUUGCCAUUGCUAGAGACAUUUUAAGUCUAAUCAUACCCUAUAGAUAUACUGAUGUCAAAACGUAUUUCAGUAUUUUGAUAGUUGAAGCCUUAGUGAAAACAUUUUGAGGAAACCUUGGAUGAAAAGUCACACAGACAUUGUUGGGAUUUUAUUCUACUGAAGUGGCUCCCACAAUUUAUAAAAUUAAAUGGGGGACCUUUAUCAGGGUUACUCACUUGGUAACAUGCAGAAAGUUUUGAGCUUGCACAGGACCUGGCCAUACUAAUUAGGCUGACCCCCAAAAUCAUAAGGAUGUCAAUAUUUGGAGGAGAGUUCAAACCAAGUUGUUGUCUACUUGGUCACAUGUUCAGUAUAGCUUCGAUGGGUUGGUAUUAUGAAAAGAUGACAUCAAAGACUAUUCAUUUGCAGUAAACAAAAUGUACACUUCUGGUUGUGUGUAGGAUGGGCAUGGAGCAAUUCCUGUCUGAAGACACUUUCAAGCUGAUUUUCUUUAUCAGUGAUUUGUAUAUGUAAACUUUAGGAAAUAAACAUUGUGUUAUCUAUUCACUCUUGUAAA